UGUAGCUUUAAUCACAUUGAAGCAAUCAAAAUUAGCUCAAUGAAGUGUCAAACUUAAGCUAAAACUCAAUGAGUCAGCGGAUUGUCAAUCUAUGGACAUGUCCAAGGAAAACUGUCCAAAUAUUCAACUCCGCCCAGAGGCUGUGCCUGCAACGGCAGUUGAGUAAUUAAACACCCUACAAAAAAAGAGAUAUAAGAGUCCACCGAUAAGGAUAAGAUAAAGUUAACAGAACUACUGACAAAAUGGUAUACGGAAGGAGCAUAGCCGUGGGCAUUUGCCUGAUGACCAUUGUUGUGCUCUACUCUGUGCUGAUGUUUUAUCUAAGCUUAGGACCGUGCCCCACGGGCAGCUUUGCCUGCAACAAUGGCAUACAGUGCGUGCCGCAGCGGCAAAUAUGCGACAAGAAGCCCGACUGCGCAGAUGGCAGCGAUGAGCAUCCGGUCGAAUGUGGCAACACCUAUGGCAGCAGGGAGUUUGCCGAUAAACUUGUGCGUAAUGCGAUUGCGAAAAAGAAGGAACAAAAUCAACGCCCCAUGGUUGGUGGGUCAAAUGUAAGCGCCGGGGAUUUGCUAUCGCCAUCGGCGGCGGCGGGUAACACCAGCCGAAAUCAAAGCACGUCAAUACCGUGUGGCAAGUACUACAGAUAUAUUAAUGCGGAUAUAGUCGUGAUGUCAGCGCCAAUGUUAUUUGUUUUAUUCAAACAUAUUCCAGCUAUCCUCACAUAUCCUCGACCCCAGUGCCAAUGCGGUGGCGGCACAAUGCUCUACUGUGGCAAGUAUGCCAAGCUACGUCGCAUGCCGCGCAUUAGCGCCGAGGUAACCAAUCUGUUUAUCAUCAGAAAUAACCUGACACUGCGAGAAAAUCUAUUUGCAAAUCUGACGCGACUACAAAAGCUCACGCUCAAAUACAACAACAUAUCACGUGUGCCACCGGGCAGCUUUGGCGGCUUGCCACAUUUGGAACGCCUCGAGUUGAGCCACAACAAUUUUAGCCAAUUGCCGCAUGGCAUUCUUAAGGAUUUGCAUGGUCUGCAGUGGCUGUUUCUGGUCAAGAACCAACUGCGCUACUUUCCCAUGGAGCAUUUGGCUUCAAUGCACAAACUGGAUUGGCUCAUCCUCAGCCAUAAUCGCCUCACACUACACAACGAGCAGCUAUCCAAGGCACCCGAGCUUCGUGAAAUCUAUUUGGAUCACAAUCGAAUCGAAUACAUUGGCGAGAAAACUUUUGCACAAUUGGAUAAUUUAGAGUUUCUUGACCUGCAGCACAAUUUAAUUACGCACAUUCAUCUAAGAGCCUUUGCUAAUCUAACUGCCAUAUCAGACAUCCUCCUCAUUGGCAAUCCCAUUAAGGAAUUAUCUGGCGAAAUAUUUCUGUAUAACAAACGCCUCGAAGCGCUCUCACUGGCACACAUGCCUCUGCCCAUAGAUCGCAAUUUGGUGGAGUCGCUGAACGUAUCCUUUUUGAAUUUGAGUGGCAUAGAAUUCGAUCGCAUUGAUUUCACUGCGCUGAAUAAGAUGCAUAGCCUCAAGUAUAUUGUAUUUGAUCGCUUCUUCUAUUGCUCCAUGACCCCAAAAGUGCUGAUGUGCAGCCCCAAAACGGAUGGUGUGAGUUCCUUUGAGGAUCUGCUGACCAAGCCAUCGUUGCGUUACUCCACCUGGUUCAUGGCAUCGUUGUCCAUAGUGGGCAAUCUCAUGGUGCUCUGGGGUCGCUUCAUCUAUCGUGAUGAGAACGUUGCUGUCACGAUGGUCAUUCGGAAUUUGGCAUUGGCUGAUUUGCUAAUGGGCGUUUACUUAGCCAUCAUUGGAGUGCAAGACUAUCGCUAUAGACACGAGUAUCACAGAGUGGCUCAUGAUUGGACCAACUCGUGGCAAUGCAUUGCAACUGGAACGCUGGCGGUCAGCUCCUCGGAGGUAUCCAUGCUCAUACUGGCCUUCAUGUCGCUGGAGCGUUUCCUGCUCAUCGCGGAUCCCUUUCGUGGGCAUCGCAGCAUCAGCAUACGCAUCAUUUACCUCUCGCUGCUGUGCAUUUGGCUAACUGGCGUUGCCUUGGCCGUUACACCCGUGCUUAUCUGGCGCUCCAGCACUCAAUUCUAUGGCAAAAACUCUGGCACUUGUUUUCCCCUGCACAUCCGGGAAGCCUUCUCGCUGGGCUGGCAGUACUCGGCCAUUGUGUUUCUGGGCAUUAAUUUGCUGCUGCUCGUUAUGAUUGCACUAUUGUAUACGGCACUGCUCAUCUCCAUUUGGCGUACGCGCAGUGCCACGCCCCUUUCGCUGCUGGACUGCGAAUUUGCGGUGCGUUUCUUCUUCAUUGUGCUAACCGAUGUGCUGUGCUGGGCACCCAUCAUUGCCAUGAAGAUUUGGGUCUUCUUCCAGUACAAUAUAUCGAACGACAUCUAUGCCUGGCUGGUCGUCUUCAUUCUGCCCCUCAACUCGGCUGUCAAUCCGCUGCUUUACACCUUCACCACGCCCAAGUAUCGCAAUCAAAUUCUGCUGCGCGGCUGGAAGAAAAUCACAUCACGAAAACGCACCGAUGCCGGACAUGGUAAUGCCGCCACCACCACAACGGGCACGGCAACGGGUUCGUCUCAGCAACCGGAUGAUUGCACCACAACAACGGCCAUCAAAUCGAUGCCAUUAUCGCUGACCAUGAGCCAGUGAUCAGUGCCAUCGAGAAUAGUCGAAUACAGUAUGCCAAAGUCAAGUCAUAAUUGCUUGGCCUCAUUUAUUAUGUCUAUAUGCUGUCCAUGUAUACGUGGAUAUAAAUGUAUGUAUGUACUAUAUGUCUAUAUGUGCAUCCAAGUCAUUGUUAACCAUAACAAACAAAAG